GCAGCGAACAGCGCCCCGUCACGACAUACGGACUACGGAGUACCUACGUACAACGUACUGCCGGGUUCCAUGUAUAGUAGUUGUAAUAUUAUAACUAUAUUACAGAGCGGCGUUCGGCGAGAGUAAAAAGUUCUAACUUCCCAACAACGUUAGCGGUGUGGUGAUGGGCGUGUGAUUCUCGCGAAUAUAAAUAGGACGGGCAGAAUAGUAACAGUUCUAAAUAAUUUUGAUUACCAAUACGGAUCAAUCAAUGUCUUCGUGGAGUUCGUAAUUCCUUUUUUCUUCACAGUACCUAUAUUGGCUUUUAUUUAUACUUAUUUAUUUAUUUCGUUGUCCGAGUGUAUUGGAAGUGCGUCGUCAAUAAUCGAAAUAAUAACAUGUCCAAAUAUACGCCCGUGACUCAUGUCAUAUUCGACAUGGACGGAUUGCUUUUAGAUACGGAAAAGGUAUACUUGUCCAGUAUUACUGAAGUACUGAAAAAUCAUGGCAAGGACUACCCUAAUGACUUACGAGUCAGAGUUAUGGGCACGGUACCGAUCAACACGGCUACAAUCAUAAUAAAAGAACUGGAAAUGGACAUAACUCCUGUUGAUCUUCUUGCCGAAUUCCAUGAAAAUCAGAUUGUCAAAAUGGAAAAUGUUCCGUUUUUACCAGGAGCUGAAAGGUUAAUCGAUCAUUUAUAUACCAACAAUGUGCCAAUAGCUGUGGCUACAAGUAGUGGUAAAGAUACUUUUAAAGUGAAAACAGCAAACUACCAACACAUUUUUUCAAAAUUCCAUCACAUUGUACUUGGUAGUGCAGAUUCAGAAGUUAAACAGGGAAAACCAGCUCCAGAUAUAUUCCUAGUGUGUGCAUCACGAUUUGACGAUAAACCUCUACCACAAAAAUGUUUAGUAUUUGAGGACGCCCCAAAUGGUGUUACGGGUGCAAAGUCUGCUGGCAUGCAAACCGUUAUGGUUCCAGAUAAAAUAAUUCCUAAAGAAAUGACUUCUCAUGCUACUCAAGUGAUAUCUUCAUUGUUGGACUUUAAGCCUGAAGAUUUUGGGCUACCUCCGUUUCCAUGACUGUCAAAAUUAAAAAAUUCAUAAAACAAAUUGUGUUUAAUAUUAUUAUUAUUUAUUUAUUAGUAAUCAAAAUAGAAAUAUUAAUAUUUAUUAUUUAUUAUUUGAUAAAAUUGUAUUGUUUCUAAUUAUUUAAAUUGUUGACUUGUGUUUUUAGUGACUUGUAUUAAACAGCUGUUUGUUAACAAAUCUAGUCUUAUCUCUGUAACUGAUUAAUAAACAAUUUGAUUAUUUUA